AUGACUAUUCUACUUUAUGACAAGUUGGAUUUGGACGAAAAAGCGUCGAACAAGCUCAAGGCAUGGAAAGUGUGGCAUUUAAUUAUUUACGCGCUUGCUGCCAGCUUCGCCAUAAUGAACUACGUAUUUCUUCAAAACACUAUGCAGCUAGUCGACAAUAACUGUGUGCUUGCUCCGCGCCAGUUGAGCUUCAAAAUGGUGGAUGUGCCAAUAGAAAAUACGCUCAAUCAAAAUGGAAAUUAUAAUGCUCAAGAUGACAAAGCUAACAGUACUGAUGUGACUGAAAAAAAUAUAAUAGACAAGUACAAAAAUGAUACAGAGAGUAACACACAAACACACGUGAUGGAUGACUUGGAAAUUUCAACAUUGGAAAGCCGCCUAAUCCUGGACACCUCCCGAACACUGUUCAGUCAAGAUUGUGAUCUCGCGGAGUAUGCGCCAGUGAUGUCUUUCAUAGUUGCUGCGACUUGGGCCACUCUCUUCACCAUGUGUCCAGGAGGCGGACGUCCUAGAUCCGGUCUUCGCCAGCCGUGGCGCAUCCUGGCCCCAGCACUAAUAUUCGCUAUCGUGAUGGUGAUUCUGACUGGAAUAAGCUUCACUAAGACAAACAACGGCCUGGUGGACUUCUGUACAGCGUUUCAAAAUGUUACAAAUGCGACAACGUGUUCGUCUGUGGAUCCGUAUUUAGAGCGAUCAUGGCAAGCGUCUUGGUCUUUCGGGGCGCGUACAGCAGCGACGCGAGCUGCGAGCGCGGGCGUAUGGGCUUCUUGGGCUUGUGCAGUCGCUUUGUUCCUCAUUCGGUGCCUGGCAGCACCUGACUUUGAAGUACGACGCACUGGAGCUUACUUAAAGGACCCUCAAAAUAAACUGACACCAUAUUUGCGAAAAACACGCCGACAGCGAAGUAGCGCUUCGCCAACUAAACGAGAUACCACCUCUGUAAAAUCAGAGCCUACCAUAACCGAACUAGUGACGGUCUCCAUUGAACAUGAACAGGAUACGGCUCCAAACUCAGCUCAAGGCUCACCCCUGAAACAUCCAAUCGAUCCUACAGUUAUGAAUUCUCCAUACAAACUAGAUUGA